CGUACUUGAGUAGACUACAUAUAACGCGUAUAAAUUAAUUACAUUUUGGGAAAUUCGUUCCGACAGCGACUUGCCGAGCAAAAUGGACUCCAUUUUUGUCAGUGAUCGCAUGAAACUAAAAGUUUUAUGUCCUGCAGAAGAUACAGCAAAAGCAUUCUCACUCUUGGAUAAAAAUCGCCAACACUUGGAAGCUUGGUUACCUUGGGUAGAAACGACCACCUCUGUUGAACAUGAGAGGAGUUAUGUGAAAGGAGCGCUGGAACGAUUUCAGAGUGGUCUUGGAAUGGAGAUGGGAAUUUAUGAAUUCAGCACAAAUAGAUUUGAUGAAGACUGUUGGAGCCUAAUUGGGAUGUGCGGAAUCGUCCGAAUAAACCGAGACGACCCUCAGGAAUCAUAUGGAGAUCUCGGUUAUUGGCUAGAUUAUGACCAUUGUGGACAAGGCAUUGUCACUGAUUGUUGCACAAAACUCACGGAUGUGGCUUAUACCGAAUUAAAUUUGGAAAAAUUAAGAAUAGUGGCACAUGAGGAUAACCAUUCCAGUAUAUCAGUUGCCAACCGGUUAAAGUUUAAACUCUCAGAUGAAAAGGCAGGAUAUUACCAUUCGAGGUUCCAUGACCCAAACAAAUUACUGGUGUUCGUGAAGUAUAAAAACGAUUGAGGGAAUUGACUACUACGAACCCAAAUUGUUCAUUAAUAUACUGAUAUCGGUGUGACGGGCGACUAAUAAUUUAUAUGCUCGUUUUAAAGAUUUUCCUGAAAAAAUUAAUGUCAAUUCCCGACUUAACACCCUUGCUCAUAAUUACCAUUGUUAUCAGCUCUGUGGUACAUACCCCCAUUACUGUUUAUGGCCAUCAUGGGUGUAGUAAAUUAACCAUAUUGUUUCAUACAAACUUUGAAUAAAAGCCCUGGACAGGUGACACUGCCUAUUUUCAAUUACAAACGGCAAAGAGCUCUCCACAAAAAGGUAUUCUGAGUUGGAUAACUCGAGCAUCCCUCACACUGCUGGUCAGUCUCACUACAACAAAAUAGCCUAGUUGGUACGAAAUAAACAUAUAUAUUUCGUUAUUCACUAAAUAAAUAUUUAGAACCCGAAUUAUUGUACUCGGCACGACGACGUAAUAUCAGGUGCAUCUUCUUGUACCAUAUGUACUUUUUACACUGAUACGUUUUAGCGAUGCUCUCAAACCCGAAAAUACUAAUUGGGCAAUUCGCACCGCUUGUUUGUUUGUUGUAUUCUACACGUCUCGACCUCGUUUUUUUUUUUGUAUAGAUAUAGUAGAAGUUGCAGUCAAAAAUUGUUCAAACCCCACAUCCACACUCAAAUAUUUACGCCCGAAUUAUCUUUCGUGAUUUUUUUCAAAUUUACUUCAAUGUGUUAUUCGCUGUUUCGGGUAAGUGGGCACGUGCGUCAUCACGUCUUGAAUAUUUUUCAGAUUUUGCCCACUUUCCUGAUUUUCCGUAUAUUUGUUUUGUUUUGCAAUGUAUGAUUUUGUUGUAAGGGAAAUCGAAAUAAACAGUUACUUUUACACGGA